CACAGCACAACUUAACCCUCUACACGACCAGACCAGCAACCCCUGACUGGAAUCAGACUGACACCCAAACACACCCGAGUCUUACAGACAGCGCGUUUAUCUGGGUUUGGAUGAUACGCGGUAUCAUUUUUUAAUCUCGAGUCCAGCGCGCGGAGCAGGAAUGUCCCGGAGGAAACAGAGCAACCCCAAGCAAUUCAAACGGGUGUUUGACAAUGGGCUUGAGACAGACUCUGAGGAGACAGAGAAGAAAGAGAUCUUGAAAGAAGAAGACGGGUCUGUGGAGGAUGACUUGCUUUAUUACUCUGACGCAGAGAACGUUGUCUCUAAAGAUGGAGAUCGCUUGAGGAACGGUGAAAUGGGUGGAAGUUUAAAGGUGGAGCAACAAGACAGUGACGGACAAGAAGAGAGAGUCCAACCAAGCCCAUUGACAGGAGAGGAAUGGGACGGCCCAAGGGAGCUGAAAAUGUUUGGUGAAGGAGGAGAGAGAAGGAUUUGUUCUUGUCAGGCACUUCUGCUGGGCACCACGUGGGGACCUUUCCCUGGGAAGAUUGAGGUGGCCACAGGAGGAAGUGACAAGGUUUCGCUGGGGCUGUAUGGAGGUCCUCGCUGGCUGAUGGACAUGAUGUGGGUCAGUGCAGAGGACGGAAAGAGCAACUGCGCCGUGUACAGCAAAGGAGGACAUGUGUGGUGUUCCACAACUAAAAACAUCAUGGAAGGAGACGAACUUGCAGCCUGUGUGGUGGAUUUGCACUCACAUCUUCAAACACCAGCUCAAACUCCCUACGGUCAAGGGAUGUACCCAGCCCGACAGCUGGACGGCAUCCAACUCCUGCCUCAGCAAGCAGCCAUGGCGUCCAUACUGCCCGGUGCUAUCAUCAACAGUCUCAAAUCAGAUGAGAUAACCACUGGAAGCAACUUGAAGUGCACAAUUUGUGACUACACUGCCGAAACCCUAAUGGUACUCCAGCACCACAUCCUCUCCCAUCUGUCCCAAACUGGCCUGAGAUGUGGUCACUGCCAUUUCACAUUCCAAACCCCCAGAGAACUGGUAAAACACCAGGAGCUACAUGGACAUAGCUGUACGGUCAACAAACUCAAAGAAGACAAAGUUGAUAACUCUCCUAGCAGCAUUGCAGGCAGUCCUCAACAAGCCAGAGCUAAUGCAAACAUGAAAGAUCUUCAGGAAAGCACAGUACAGCGUGAUAUAAGUCAAAUGUCAGAGCUGGAAAGCACGGAAAGUAGCCAGACAUCCACUAAGAAUGAGGGAAACUCAGGUAACAAGGCUAGUGUUUCAUACUCCAGAGUGAAGUCAGAACCUUCCAGUCCCCGUUUAGCCUCUUCACCCAUUCAACACCACCUGCCUCCUGCAUUUUCCUUACCCCCGUUCAUACCACAUGUCCCGUUCUCACAGGAUAUUACGGUGGGCCCGCAAGCAUCUGAGAUACUGGCCAAAAUGUCGGAGUUGGUCCAUCGCCGGUUACGUCGGGGACAUUCUUACCCUCCAGUCAUGUACAGCACACUUGUGCCAAAAGGAGCAACGUGCUUUGAAUGCAAUAUCACCUUCAAUAACCUUGAUAAUUAUUUGGUGCACAAGAAGCACUACUGCAACAGUCGCUGGGAAAACACACACAAGCCACAUGACUUCCCUGGACUUCUGGAUAAACCAGCAGGCACUGUAAGCCCGAAAAUUGGAGCUAGUUUAGCUGUUAUGCUAAAUGCUGGCCAUCCCUCUGAAGUCAAAGGGCAUGAGCCUAACCCUUGCAAUCCUAUCGCAGGUGGAAAAGUGACUGAUGAACUGUCGGUGCAAGUUAAAAAAGCGUCAACUCCAUCUGGUGCACAGGAGAGACCAAAUGGUACACAGCUGGAUUUACAAAGCCAGAAAAUGCCACCCACCGAAACUAACCCCAACCACACAACAUGCGAUGCCUGCAAGAUCACCUUUAGUCGACAUGAGACCUUCAUGGUGCACAAGCAGUAUUACUGUGCCACUCGGCAUGAUCCUCAAGUGAAACGCGCAAACAAUAAAGGAGCAGCCAAUCAGAAGGCAGUACGUCCUCGUAAAAGAAGAAAGGCAUAUGAGCUGGCCACUCCUGAACAAGAACAAAUGCCUCCUAUGGGUAUGCCAUCAUUUCUUGGUAUGCCCACUAUAGGAGGUCCAUACAUGUCAAAGGACACACUGGAUAGCUUCAGGGACCAUCAGAGAUACAGCAUGAUCCAGGGGUUAGUACCCAAAUAUCCAGAGGCUUCAUUGACAGUUUCAAAAUCAGCUCUUGUGUCAAAAUGUAAUUCAAUCUCUAAGGAAGAAGGUGAUGCACCUAUAGAUCUCAGUAAAAAAUGCAUGCCACAGUUUGGCAACACUUCGGUUUCCUCUAAAGGACUUAUGGAUUAUCAUGAGUGUGUAGUGUGCAAGAUAAGCUUCAACAAGGUUGACGACUAUCUCAAGCACAAACAGAACUUCUGCCCAGGUACUAUUUUGCAAAACACUUCCGCUGAGAACAAAAGCAUCAAAAAGGAAGGUCUUAGAAAUACUAGCACCCUUUUAGAGAGUGCCCUCUUUGAGCUCCCAGCUCCGCAUGGAAAGAUUGAGCAUCCAAAUGGAACUUCUGAUAUCCAAGCUUCCAGUGAGGAACAACCAAUCCCGAUAAAAGAUGAUACGAGGAGUGCGUUUCAUCCCUCUGGUGGUUACCCAAGUCCUGCUAAGAAAAUGAGACCCGAUGAGCAAAUUUGGCCUUACUAUGAAAUCAAAGCCACUGAUUACGCUACAGGGAUGCUGGUCUCACAAAGCGAACGGAGGCAGAGUCCAAACGAGGGAAGUGAGGGGGAAAAAGACCAGCCGAUGCCUGAUGGUAGCCAUCUUAGCACAGAUGACCCUGAGACUCAGAGCAAGUCUUCAUCCUUAAAGGAUAAUCUUGACCUUGAGGACAAGAUGGAAGAUGCUGGAAAUAAACAACAUGGUUCCCCUACCCCGGAGAGCCAUGCAGACAGUCCCGUCAACUGUAAGGAAAGCACAAUGCCGGUGCCAUCUUUAAAGACUGAGGAAGUCUCAACGAGCUUCAAAAGAGUUUUGAAUGGGUCCAUUGCCACCACAAGUAACGUAAAGUACUGCCGUCCAUGUGACAUCCAGUUCAACAACCUCUCAAACUUUAUAACACACAAGAAGUUCUACUGCUCGUCACACACAGCAGAGCAUGUGAAAUAGUGUACCUGCACCCUGUCUUAAAUCUAGUCCACAGUAGUAGAAAAGUUAGAGCUGUUAACCAGCGUCACAUCUUGAAUUCACAUGGCCCGGGGCAUUAUAAAGGCGGGCCCAAGCCCCUAAACGUAAUAAAUGUAAAGACACCAGGACAACUUACCCAGUUGUCCCCCUUGAUGAUGGCCCUGCUGUUUUGAAUCGGACAACGGACACUUUUGUUUUUGAUGACUAAAAGUGACCAUUUGCCCCCUCUUCUUUAAAGUGGACAUAUUACAUUUUUCACAAGCACCAUGCAGUUUCUCCCCUUGUGAUCAACAGCGUAAGACAUUUUUACAAUUCCAUGCUGGUGUACUCAGCAGCAGGAGGACAAUCAAAUCAGGAGAUUUAUCCUACAGUCAUUUAUUAGAAACUUUUAAAAUAUUUGUUGGGAAUACUGUGUGUUGAUAGUUUGUGUUUUUUAUGUAUUUAUUUAUUUAAUAAUAGUUGCAGCUCUAAAAUGAAAAUGCAGAUCUGAGAUGAAAAACCGGUUUGUUGAAAGUUCUCUUCAAUGUUUCUUUUACAGUUACAGAAAGAAGCCAGAUGAAUGGUAGAAAUGGAUUAAAAAGAAAAAUCUACAGAUAGUGGAGUAACCUCUGGCUGACUAAUGUGUCAACAUAUCCUUAAAUAUGGCAAUCAAGUUUUUUGUAUUAAUAAUUGUCAAAACAUGUAGAGUCUAGUUUGUCCUUGAUGUUUCUUUACGCUUCCAUAUGUUUUUCUUGUCAAUGCAGAACUCUUCUUAAAAAGUGACCUGUAUGUGUGUUUGUUGAUUCAUUAUCUCUUUUUUAAAUAUUUGGCUUCUAAUGCAAUACUUUUUAAAAGAUGAAACAUUAUUUAAAGCAGUAUUAUGAAAGGGUAACUUUUUUACUUGGACCCUCAGAAGUCUGUGUGAAGUGUUUACUAAAGUCUUGCUGGAGAAGGGUUUACACUUGGUAUGGAUGACUCGUUGUAAUCUUUCCUACAGAAAAAAAACAAAACAAACAAAAUAAUCUGCUCAAAAAAAAAAAAAGAAAAAGAAAAAGAAAAAAAAAAAAGUUGUCAAAAAUGUGUUGCUAUGCAUGUACCUGUAUGGAAUGAAAUUCCAGAAAUGUGGGAAAUGUUAUUUUAUGUGACAUAAAAAUUAAAAUUCUAA